CGCUGGAUGAGGUCCGUGCCUACCUCACUCGCGCCUUGGCUGAGGCCCAGCCCCCUGCUCAGCAGCACCUGGAGAGCCUGUAUUGUGGUAUUAAGGUUAAAAGUAAACCAUCAUGCUUUUACCCAUAGAUCAUGGGCAUCCGGCACUUGUGCCAGUGGCUCUUACCACAUCCCUGUUAAAUCAUGGACUGCCGUCACCGAUAAUAACAAUUUUGGUAUCAUACUCGGUCUCUCUCUACCUUAUCUCAGACUACUUCUUUUUUAAUUUUCUCAACAGCCAUAACUCUGUUAAACACAUGGCUGGGGAUUACCGGGUCCGACUUUUACAGCUCGUUCCUUGUUAACGCUCUGCUGGCUAAUGCAUGUAUAAGUCCGGUCUGCCCUCUUAGGCUGGUCUUAAGGCUUGUUUACUGACCAUGCACCUUCUAAGG